CCGAACACCCCACGGUUGAGAUGAAUCACGUGAUUGAGUCCACUAGCCCGCAUCAAGCAGAAGGCGUCAACCGCCAUCAUCCAAGUCGAGCUCCAGCUAAUGCCUACAUCGCCGCCGCACUCCACAUCACCUUCACCUUUCGACCGCAUUUACAAUCCCACCAACACCCAUUUCGACGUUGUAAAGCUUCUCAUACCUCCACCUUAACAGAUACAUAUCUCCGCAGCCAUGGACCGGUUAAGUCGCAUGCUUGCUGCUGCCCAGAGCAUGAAUGGCAUGGGUGGUGGUCCCGCUCAAGACACAAACCUCAUCGAUAACUCGGAAACCGUCUAUAUUUCUUCCCUUGCCCUCCUCAAGAUGUUGCGACACGGCCGCGCCGGUGUGCCUAUGGAAGUCAUGGGUCUAAUGCUGGGAGAGUUUGUGGAUGACUACACAGUGCGGGUAGUGGAUGUGUUCGCUAUGCCGCAGUCCGGAACCGGUGUUUCCGUUGAGGCCGUCGACCCCGUCUUCCAGACUAAGAUGAUGGACAUGUUGCGACAAACAGGGCGACAAGAAACAGUGGUUGGCUGGUACCACUCACAUCCCGGUUUCGGCUGUUGGCUGUCAUCGGUCGAUAUAAACACUCAGCAAUCUUUCGAACAACUCACCCCCCGCGCCGUCGCUGUGGUUGUUGAUCCCAUACAAUCCGUCAAGGGCAAAGUCGUCAUCGAUGCUUUCCGUCUCAUCAACCCGCAAACUCUUAUGAUGGGCCACGAACCCCGCCAAACCACAUCCAACGUCGGCCACCUAAACAAGCCUUCGAUACAGGCGCUGAUUCACGGUCUGAACCGCCACUAUUACUCCAUCGGUAUCAACUAUAGGAAGACGGCGUUGGAGGAGAACAUGUUGAUGAACUUGCACAAGCACGUGUGGACGGAGGCGCUCAUGAUGAACGACUUCCGCGGAGAAGGCGAGCGAAAUAAGGAUAGCCUCCAGAAAUUGGUUUCCCUAGCUGAGGGUUACGAGAAGAGGGUGAAAGAGGAGACGGAGUUGACUAAAGAUCAGCUCAAGACCCGCUACGUCGGCAAGGUAGACCCCAAGAAGCAUCUUGAGGACGUUGGACAGAGGUUGAUUGAAGACAACAUUGUUUCGGUGUCUCGGCAAAUGAUUGACAAGGAAGCAUCCGUACCAAAGUCGAAUUCCAAGUCCAAUGGGCAGGCGGGAGCAGACGAGGAUGUAGAUAUGGAGGACUAA